GUGUCAGAAGUAGGAGUACAAGAAAAAGCGUUUAGAUGAGCAACGGAGUUGUGAGCAUUUUGAGAGAGAACCUGUGACUAAGGUGUGAGAGGUGUCAAUUUCAGGUUGGAGGACAUGAUGUGGGGCAAAGCUAAAGUGGGCCUUUGAUCAGGGUUGGAAGUGUCGGUGUGCUGGGAGAGGAGGGUGUGAGUCUGAGGGUACAAGGCUCUUGGGACCAGGAUGCUAUGGAUGGGCAUGGUUCCAGCGGGUGGCCCUGUGAGUGUGGCAGGAGCUUGGAAGGGGUGAGGUCCUUCUCCCUUCCCCUCUGUCCCUCACCAACUCUUUAAGGGCAAGGAAGCCAGAACUUUUUUCUUUUAUUCGGAGUUUAAAAAUAAAAAAGAUCCCGGAGCAGGAGAGCCUGUGAUGGAUUUAGCGAGCACUUCCACACUGAACAUAGUGGGGACAGGGCCCUUCUGGAACCACUAUGUGGCCUGAGAGAGUGAGGGCACGUCUGCGGAGAUCCUGGAAAGGGAGGCUGGGACCCAGGGUUGCGCUGCAGGCUGUAGAGCCUCACGUUCCAGAAAGUGGGGUGAGGCGAGAGCUGAGAGUCGUGGGGAAGGCGAAUCGCACAAAGUUGGGGAGUAGGCGAGAGCGGGGACGCCCCUGCGAGCCAGGCUGUGGGACUGGAGGGGGGCGUGUGACGGUGAAGAAGAGGGGGUGGGGUGAGAGGGUGUGCCGGCGUCGACUGGGCUGCGGUCCGUGGGCGCCUCAGGCAGAGAGGGUGGCUGCUUGCCUGCGGCUGGCUAGGGUCUCGGUCCGUGUGCGCGCGUGUGCGCGGGGCGGAGAGCCCGGGGAUCCUCGGGGUGGCGGGGCCUCGGCGCGGCCGCGAGUGAGAGAGCGGGCGCGGGCGGAGCUCACAGCCGAGGCGGCGGGCCGCCCGGGUUAUCUGAGCCGCUUGGUCUUGGGUGACUGCGCCCAGAUCUCCGCGCGGCGGCGGCGAAGGCGAGACGCGUUGUCGGGCCGCAGAGGAGCGGGACAGCCAGACCCAGGCCCAGGACGCGGCAGCGGGGAGCAGAGCAUGGAAGAGCGCGCGGGUCGGGCAGUCCUGAAGUUGAGUUUGCGAGGCGACACGGCGGCGGCGGCCGCGCUGCUCCCGCUCCUCUGCCUCCCCAUGGAUAUGCACUGCAAAGCAGACCCCUUCUCCGCGAUGCACCGUUGUCAAGACGCGAUGGUCAUCUUUCCCUGCCUCUGCCUGGGAGAUGCUCUAAAAACAAAGAGGGGUUCCGAGAAGAAAUCGAAGUCAGGGAGAGAGCGAGCAGCGCAGCCUUCCAGGUGGGCCCGGCAGAGUGCAGCUCUGCUCUCAGCUCUGGAGGCUACUCGCCUAGCCUCCCACUCCACAUUGAGGAUCCUGCAGCCAACAACAUGGCCAGGGGGUCAGCAAAGAGCAAAAAAUGAGGGGGAAAGAACAAAAGGAAAGCAAAUGCCAAAGCUGGGGAGAAAGGAAGAGAAAUCCAAACAAGGGAAAGGAAAUUUAAAAAAGAAAGUUGAAACAAUGUUACAGAGGAAAAGGGAGAAGGGGAGAAAAGAGAGAGUUAUUUUAAUGAAACUUGAAUUUAAUUUAUACCAGUCUUUAGCUUGAAAAACUAUUCCUAAAUUUUUUUGCAGGCUUUUUUAAAAAGAUAAAAUUCUAAAUAGUAAACUCCUCCCUGUCUGCAGAUUAAUAAUUAAGGAUCAUUUGUAACUUUUCACAAGGAAACUUUAGAUCUGGCUUGGACCUGUGCUUAGGACAAGAGAGGCGAGGAGGGAGAGCUGUGCUUUUCCUAAGCAUAUAUUUAGCAUUACGGGGUGGGGUGGGGAGUUAAAAAUACUCCUGGGAUAAAAUAUAUUUUCCUAAGUAAUUUCCAAGCGCAGGAAAGCCACGCCGAAGGCAUCAGGCCGCCGCAGUCUCGGCAAGCCGGCCGAAAAGCCUCGCUCCUUUUCGGGAGGAGUGGAACCGGGUCCACAAGCCGUCUUCGCGCAGCCAGCCGGCCUCGCGGCCCGGCUGCCACAGCUCUCGCUCUCCUUUCUUGUGGAUUCCGCUGGGGAUCCGCCCGAGUCCUGGCUGCCUACGGGGAGCCAAUUUGAAACCCAAAGGGGAGCACUGCCCAGAGGAAGGUGGUCGGAGGGAGACAGCCGCAGCGCGGACCCGCUGGCCGGUUCACUGGCGGGUGAGAUACCGCAGCCCGAGUGGGUACCGGCGGCAGUGGCGCAUUCCAGGCCCGACUCAGCGCCGGCUCGCGGCGGUCUCCCAGCCCUGGACUUCCGUCUUGGCCCCUUCCCAUCCCCACCCCUUAGAUUGGGGCUGAGGGGCCGGGCCUGGAGCCCGGGGAGGCUGAAUUAUUCAUCUUUAAUCUGCCCGCAGCUGCCGCCUUUUCAUACCGGUAACGCGAGUUCUCCCGGGGCCUAAAUUAUUGAUGGUUGGGGUUUGGAGGGAGGGGAGGGGUGAGGAGCGGGGCUAGAGAUAGGGAGAUUAAAGGGAUGGGCACGGAGGUAAAAGGAGAGGUGCCAGUAUCUCCCAGCAGCCCGAUAAGAGGCCUUUCCCCAGCGGUGUCACCCAUGCUUGCUCUAGGUCCCCCCUAUGAAAGGGAUGGGAUGGAAAUGAGGGGGUCACAAAUGUCCCCGCUUUCUCCGAAACUCGCGUGAGGCUAGCGGGGCAGGGGCUGCAGGUUGCGGGCCCCGGCCGACCCGACUCGGCCGCUAGAAGUCUCCACGCUUGGAUUGCUCAGUAACUGCGGCUGCGGGUUGAUCGCUCUGGGUGCAGGAUUUCUAGACUGCUGUAGGCCAGGGAGAAUGGGGCACCAGGAAGCACCCUCAGGCCUGGCACCCGGUGGCCGCCUAGGCUCCAAGAUCGGGAGCCCACGCUGGAGCCGGGCUGGAAACCCCGUGCCCUUCUCUUGGCCGAGAGAGCAAACGCCCGAGCCGCUCAGUUUCCUGGGAACCUGCUGAGGUCUGAGGAGUCAAAGCGACGCGAAUCGGGCUUGGGCCAGCUACACA